ACGGGUUGUUUUUUGUUUUCGUUUUAGCUUCACGCUGCAGAUGAAAGGUGCAAUUCUGUUAUGCGUUUAACGAAACUCAUUGUUUAUUUUUGACCUCGGAAACCAUAAAGUACGACGUGAAUUCAGCUUACUGAAAAAAAGUGUUGAGCUAUUAUAUCUGAGUUCGAUAAGCCAGGUCUGAACGAGUUGCUGGACGCGCAGUGCUGUGUUGACAGUCAUGGAGGUGCAGAUGAGCGGGUUAGUUCAAAUUUCCUUCAGACAACUUUAGCACUUUUACUCAACACACACAAUGGCGUCUGUUAUGGAGGAUCCUACGUUGGAAAGGCACUUUAAGGGACACAAAGAUGCUGUCACUUGUGCGGACUUCAAUCCGAACCGCAAACAACUGGCCUCAGGGUCAUUAGAUAAAAACUUGAUGAUAUGGAAUUUGGCUCCCAAAGCGAGGGCCUUUCAAUUUGUUGGGCACCAGGAUGUGAUCACUGGGGUGCAAUUCUCUCCAUCUGGCAAUCUGGUGGCUUCUUCUUCCAAGGACAGAACAGUCAGACUGUGGACACCUUCAAUGAAAGGCGAGUCGACAGUGUUCAAAGCCCACACAGCUGCUGUACGCAGUGUUGCCUUCUCCCAUGAUGGCCAGAGACUGGUGACAGCAUCAGAUGACAAGUCUGUUAAAGUGUGGAGUGUUCACCGGCAGUGCUUCAUCUACUCCCUCAAUCAGCACACUAACUGGGUGCGCCGUGCUAGAUUUUCUCCGGAUGGCAGAAUCAUAGCUUCCUGUGGGGAUGACCGGACCGUCCGGCUUUGGGACACAUCUACCAAACACUGCAUCAACUGUUUGACCGACUGUGGAGGAUCAGCGACAUUUGUCGAUUUCAACUCCAGUGGUACCUGUAUUGCAUCGUCAGGAGCUGACAGUACUUUGAAAAUCUGGGAUUUACGGACCAACAAGCUUAUUCAGCAUUAUCGUGUUCAUAGUGCAGGAAUCAACAGUUUUUCCUUCCACCCAUCCAACAACUAUGUGAUAAGUGGUUCGAAUGAUGGCACUAUUAAGAUAUUGGACCUGUUGGAAGGGCGUCUGAUCUACACUCUUCAUGGGCACAAGGGUGCUGUGAUCACUGUGGCCUUUUCCAGGGCUGGAGAUGUCUUUGCCUCAGGAGGAGCUGACAGUCAGGUGCUGCUGUGGAAGACUAACUUUGACAGCAGGUCAUAUCAAGAUGUCUUACUUCAACACAGCCGGAGGUCGACACCAGAUCCCCCACCCCACCUGUCUGACAUUCAUCCCAGGGGACCACACCUUCAUCACCCACAGCCUACACCCAUUCAGGUCAGUCCAGCAGUAAAAGACACCAGAUCAACUGAGCCACAUGUCAUACAGCUGGGACAGUCUGUCCAUGGCAACAUGCUCUUAAACAGUUGGCCCCGCUUGACACCCAUGCAGUCUGCUGCUGCUAACAGUCACCACUAUAACGGUUUGCCAGCAUGUCAUGUUGCCAAUUCAAGACUGGACGGAUGGAUCGAGGGUGGAAGUGCAAGUAGGGCAGAAUCGACUGCUGAGAAUGAAACGAGGGCUAACAGAAAAGAAGGAAAAGGAAGACGAGAGGAAGAAGUAGAGAUGGCGCAGACACACCCACUGGAAGUUCUCUCUGGUCAUCCAUCGAGUGUGAGCUCUACCCUGCGGCACAUUGUUCAACAGCUGGAUAUUCUCACGCAGACUGUUUCAGUGCUGGAAGAGCGUCUCACCCUGACUGAGGACAAGUUGAAGGAGUGUCUAAGCCAUCAGUCUCAGAUUCUGAAAGACCUGCCAGCAUCUAGAACGAGGCGGAGGACAGAGAGUGAAGAGAGUGAAUCUCCUGUUCAUUCCACUUGAGGACAACUCUGCCUCGUCUCAGACAGCAGCACAAAGACAUGAAGUGUGUUGUUCUGCUAAACCCCCAGACUACCAGAUGUGGAUGUGUGUGUCAAUUUAAAUGCCCUCCAUGGUGGGUCAAUGGGUCAAUCAGGAUUCGAUCAGUGGUUGCAGUGAGUUUGUGUCUGACUGCGUGCUUGUACGUGUGUAGUACCACUACCAACAUAGUUUUUCCAUGCCUUUCGGUACCUCUUAAAGACAUCCAGCUGCACAGAAGAGCUGCAGCUAUAUAUAUAUGUAUUUAAAAAAAAAAAAAAAAAGUGCUUGUCUGCUAUAUGACCGCUGCCUGUGUGUGUUUACCUGUUCAUUUUCAGGUGUUUUAGCAGUUCACUGCUUCAAGAAUAACAUCUGUUUUGUAAAUGCUAUGCCAUGCCAUUUUAAACCCCAAGCUGUGUGCAUUUUUCCUAAAAUACAUGUAAUAUAAAUUUAAUAUUUAUCAAUAGUACACCCUGUUGCACUAAUUGGUUAUUACUUACUGUAUCCAGACAAAAGGAGACAGCCUUGUACUGAGAGAACCUCAAAGUGGUCAAAAAUAAAAACUGAGAUGACCAAAA